AGAGAAGCUUCAAAAUUCAAAAACGGGAAAAAACAAAAAAAAAAAGAGAGAGGGGGGGGGGGGACUCCAUAAAAAAUCAGAGUUGACGCCAGAUGUGACGUUGCGGCUACGUGACCAACAUGGCGUCCAUGUAGCGAACUGAGAUGUCAAGAUUGUGCACAAAAUGAGGCUUUCCCGUUGCUGCCUCGGAAUUCGGCCCAAGUUUGUCGUCUUCCCCAUCCUGCUCAUCCUCCUGGUGGGAGCAGCGUUGACUUCUCUGCUUCCACCCGCUGAAGACCAUGGAGGUGAUGGUGUUCUGGGAGUUCUGAGGAGGGCAUCGCUGCAGAACAAGCCCGAGUCUGCCCAGGGCCACAGCCCUGAGGGCCCACAGGAGAAGUUCACCAUCAUCAUCCAGACUUAUAACCGCACAGAUGUUCUGCUCAAACUUCUGAACCAUUACCAGGCUGUGCCUCAUCUUCAGCGGAUCAUCAUCAUUUGGAACAACGUUGGCGAGCAGACCCCAGAAAAGUUAUGGGACUCCUUCAGUCCUCAUCCAGUACCUGUGAUCUUUAAGGAACAGAAAAGCAACCGGAUGCGGAACAGACUACAGCCAUUCUCUGAGAUUGAUACAGAUGCCGUUUUGAUGCUGGAUGAUGACACGCUCAUCAGCGUUCCUGACAUCAGUUUUGCUUUCUCCGUCUGGAAGCAAUUUACAGACCAAAUUGUUGGUUUUGUUCCGCGAAAACAUGUUUCCACAGCGGCAGGAGUUUAUAGUUACGGCAGCUUUGAGCUGCAGGAUCCAGAAACUGCUGGAGGAGAUAAAUACUCCAUGGUUUUAAUCGGCGCGGCCUUCUUCCACCGCCAAUACUUGAAGCUCUUCCAGGAUCAACCUCAGGAAGUCCUUUCUUUGAUUGACCAAACGCAGAACUGUGAUGACAUUGCUCUGAACUUUGUUGUAGCAUUGCAUGUAGGGAAACAGUCAAAGGCGAGCAUCAGACCCUCUGGGGUUUUUGUCAAACCUGUAGACCUUCGUAACCUGGAAAAAGAUGCCAGCAGUGGAUAUCAGGGAAUGUGGCACCGUCCGGAACACCUUCUCCAGAGGUCCUACUGUCUGAACAGGCUGACACACAUCUAUGGCGUCAUGCCACUCCGCUACUCCAACCUGAUGGUGUCCCAGAUGGGUUUUCCAAGCUAUGCCAACCAUAAGACUAGAGGCUGAGGAGUUGCCUUCUGGCAGAAUAAAUAGAUGAAACAGCUGAACUGAAGUAACCCGCUGGUAAGUUAGUUUAAGUGUCACUUGGUGACCAGCUGGUGUUUCAAAGAUGGUGACCUCUGAGGAGCAGCUCCAUGUUCUUAAAAUGCAAAUGUAUUUAAGACAAACUUGAGGAAUAACAUUAGCUGUUACCUUUUGGAAUUCCCCCCCCAAAGUUUUCAGUUUUUUCAGGGAAAUGUUAGUUUGAGAGAAGAGGAACCUCUACAACCAAAAGGUCCACUUUUGAUUUACUGAAAUAGUUAAGAGUAUGUACAUUUAUUUAAAAGAAAACCAGCAAAUAAAGCUUUGUUUACAGCCAUACAUGUGUAAACAAUUUAGCUAUUCUCUUUUAAAUUGACUGAUUUUUAGAAUUAUAUUUUGGUAACUUGGAGCUGAAUAAAACCUUUA